AUGAUGGUCCGUAGGAAUAUUUCUAGGGUGUUUUACACCGACUGUGACGUGCUGCUGUUCGUUAAUGUCACGGAAUACGUACAGUCACACCUGCCGGAGGCAAAGCUUGCGCUGGGCAUGCGGUCCAACAGUGUGCGCAUCAGGGCAGUCAGCGGGCACGUCUCCUUGUGGUCCGUCGAAGCCCUGGCGGACUUUCUGGCCUUCUUCGUGACUUUCUUCCAGGAGGCGGUGGCAGGAGGAACCCCAGGAGACCCCUCCCUGCCGGCUCAGCAGCGCACAUACAACGACAUGGUGCAGCUGGGCUGGUAUGCCAGCCCCACGUGCUGGACGUCCCCCCCUGACCAAGCACCUAAAACGUGCAAGGACAAGGAGAAGUCAGGCCAGUACCCGCGCAUGCACGGCAAGUUCCGGCCGGCCUUCAAGGCGGAGUCGCUGUGUGCGCCGCGGCAGUGCGAGGCGAGUUCUUGGAGCGAUGCCGGGUGGUGUGCCUUCGACAACAACUUCUCUGUUGUCGUGCUGGCACCCUCUCUCUGCUCUGCUGUUGCGCCCAUGCUUGCAAGCUAG